CUGCCAAUCGCUGUCAUUUUACUCUUUGUUAAUGUCAAUUUGUAAAUCCGUUUAAAAAUUUUUUGUGAUGGAAUUGUUGCAGCCACACUUGGGAAACAUCAGAAUCCCGACGCAAAACAACAAAGUCUACAAAGAUGAGUGCGUUUAUUCGUUCGACAAUCCGGAGACCGAAACGGGAUUGUACGUCAGUUUGACGAAUUUUAUGGGCUUGGGGAAGGAUUUCGUGGAGAAACACUUUCACAAAACCGGACAGGCGGUUUAUUUGCACUUGAGGAGGUUGAAAGAGGAGGUUUCCUCACCACCACAGGGAGAUGGUCCCGAGAAGAAAAUCACCCGUCUUGCAAUUGGAGUUGAAGGGGGAUUUACAGAUGAGACUGCAAAAAAAUUUAAAUAUACUGAUAUUUAUAAUGUUGUCGUAUUGCCCAGUUUUACCAACAUAUUGUGGCCCAAUGCAGAUUUACCAGAAAUAGUGAGGCAAUCGGCGCAGGCCAUCUUGGACCUCCCGUCCGCCAGUAAAUUAGCGGAGCUGGAGGCGCUGAGCGGAACGUGGGACGGGGAAACCCGCGCGGUCUCGAAGCACGCGAAAAACCUGCCGCAACUCGACAACGGAGUGAAAAUCCCUCCUUCCGGUUGGAAGUGCGAGAAGUGCGACAAAACCGAGAACCUCUGGCUCAAUCUCACCGACGGCUCGAUCCUGUGCGGCCGGAAGUUCUUCGACGGCUCCGGCGGCAACAACCACGCCAUCGAGCACUACGCCGCCACCAAGCGCCCUCUGGCGGUGAAGCUCGGCACGAUCACGAAGGAGGGCAAAGGCGACGUGUUCAGCUACGAGGAGGACGAGAUGGUGGAGGACCCGCAGCUGGUGCAGCACCUGGCGCACUGGGGCAUCAGCAUGCGCAACAUGGAGAAGACGGAGAAGUCGAUGCUGGAGCUGGAGCUCGAGCUGAACCGGAAGUCCAGCGAGUGGGCGGCCAUGCAGGAGAGCGGCGGGGCGCUGAAGCCCAUCUACGGGCCCGGAUACACCGGCAUGGUCAACAUGGGCAACUCGUGCUACCUCAACAGCGUCAUGCAGAUGGUUUUCAGGGUGCCUGGUUUCGUCGACAAAUAUUACCACUGCUGCGAGGCGAUUUUCAACGAGUGCGGCGGAGAUCCUGCGGAAGACUUCAACGUGCAAAUGGCUAAAUUGGGUUUUGGGCUUCUCUCCGGAAAAUACUCGGUGCCCCCACCGAGCGGGUCUCCGGUGGACGAAGAUUCUCCCGGAAUUUGCCCGCAAAUGUUCAAAACCAUAAUCGGUCGCGGUCAUCCGGAAUUUUCCACGAAAAAGCAGCAGGACGUGCAGGAGUUCAUUUUGCAUUUGCUCACUCUUUUGGAAAGAAACACCCUGAACAAGGGAAAUCCGGGCGACUGCUUCAAGUUUAAGGUAGAGGAAAGAUACCAAUGCGGUUCCAGCAAAAAGGUGAAAUACCUGGAGAGAAGCGAGCUGAUUUUGUCCCUAAUGAUACCCAUGCAAGCGGCAGUCAACAAGGAGGAAGUGGCGGCCUACGAGGCGCGUAAAGCGGAAGCGGAAGCGGGCGGUAAACCUCUCGGUUCGGACUCUCUGGUCCGACCGAAAAUCAAGUUCUUCUCGUGCAUCGAAUCCUUCACUGAUCCCGAAAUCAUCAGCAACUUUUACAGUACUGCCAUCGAGAAAAACGUUUCAGCAAAAAAGACCACAAGGUUGGCCACUUUCCCCGACUUCAUCCUCAUACAGCUGAAGAAGUUCAUGCUGAGGGAAGAUUGGGUGCCAAUCAAACUGGACGUUUCCAUUGAAAUGCCGGACGUUUUGGACCUGACGUCUUUGCGGGGCGGCGGGCUGCAACCGGAAGAGGAAUUGCUACCGGAAUCGGAAACGUCGCCGCCGGUACCGGCCAUGGACGAGGCCGUUUUGAACCAGCUAACCGAUAUGGGUUUCCCGGCGGAGGCGUGCAAGCGCGCGGUGUUCUUCACGCAAAACACCGGGCUGGAGAACGCGACGCAAUGGCUGAUGGAGCACAUCACCGACGCGAACAUCGCCGACCCGUUCGUGCCGCCCGGCACCGAGAGGGCCCUGCCCGUCGACCAGGAUUCCGUCGACACGAUCGUCGCGAUGGGCUUCACGCCCGAGCAGGCCGUGAAGGCGCUCAAGGCCACCGACAACAACGUCGAGCGCGCCAUGGACUGGAUAUUCUCGCAUCCGGACGACCUCGAGGCGCCCGGAUCGCCCGCCCAGCCGGAGUUCAACGACGGAGACGGCAAAUAUAAAUUAAUCGGAUUUAUCUCCCACAUGGGAACCUCAUCCAUGGUGGGUCAUUACGUCGUGCAUUUACUAAAAGAUGGGCAAUGGGUAAUUUUCAAUGACAGCAAAGUCGCAAUUUCCGAAAACCCACCAAAAGAUUUAGGUUAUAUGUAUUUGUAUGAAAGAUUGUAACUUAAGUUAAGUAUUUUUUGAAUUUUAAUAAAAAAUUUGCUAAUU